CAGUCGAAUCGACAAAGGAAACGCUUGCAUUUUAGAUAUCGGCCCUCAGGUGGUCUCGCCUCGCCACAGAAAGUGCAUCCCUAGCGCGUGCAGUGACGGUGAACGGUUAUGGUAGACGCGUCGUCGUGUCGUGUGUUCCAGGUUUUCCAUCGUACGCUUACGCGUUUGGUGUAAUAAUGCCAUAGCAUUCCUUUUAGCCGUGUCGUGAAGACGAUUAGUCAGCAGUCAUCCGAAUUCGCCAUCAAAGUCUCCUCCAGUUCUAAUACCGAUUCUGCUGUUGCCACCGAUGGAAAUGAAGUGAAUGAAAAGAAAAACAUAAAAAUAGGACUGUGUGUGCAUCUCAACCGGAGAUUGUUUUCCAAUUACCUUUUCCUACCUUGUCGAUAAACGUCGAUCACCGGCUGAAUCGGAUGUCGCUACCAGUGGCGGUCGAGGAUUGAGUGGAGCAUAUUGAUAACACCCCGUAACAAGGCAUGUGUCGGUCCGUGCAGUAGCGAAGGUGAAGCAACAUCUUAACCUUAUUCGCAACGCAAGAAAGAAUUGGUGUGGUGAGAAAACUACGGGACAACUUCCUCCCGAUGAUUUCAAAAAGGGGUGGAUAAGUGCUGUGUGGCCCCGAGAGGCGACAAUGUGUAGUCCCAGGGUGGGGGCACGGUGUUCCGCUGGCGAUGCAUUUCCGGCAUCCUACUGGCCGCAACUACGGCACGGGAUGAUGGCUCGCGUAGUGUAAUACAGCUGGAAAUAGUGGUGUGUUUUGAAGUCCGGAGUUUUCACCUUCAUCCCGAGCGAAGACAUACGCCCCAUGAGAGGAAAAAUCAAACCGAUGGCGGGGAAAGUAUAGAGUGCUUGCAAAGUCCAUCAACGAAAGCGAGCCCCCCGGGGGGUGGUGAGGAAGCAAAAACAGCAACAACAAAAAAAAAAAGGAGUGAAAAAGAUCGAACGAAGUCGCCGGUGGUGUGUGUGUACUUUGUGUUGGAAAAGUGUGUUUUCUAAAAAUAAUAGGUCAUAAAUGACCGAUAGAAAAUUGCCAAUUAGUCGUCCAUCGGAACAGAGUGGCGAGUACGGUGUCGUCGGCAUCAGCAAUAGGGUGCACCAGCAGCACCAGCAUCAUAACCACCACCAACACCACCAGCACCAUCACCAGCAGCAUCUAGCGCAGCAUCCUCUGCGGCAAGUCGUUCCGACGGAAGCCGUAGGUGGAUUGGGCGGUAGGCCAGGCAUUGGCCCAAUUUCAGCACCACCGCUUCCCCCGCACUCGGCAGCAGGGGCGGCGAGCGGGUCCGGUAGUGGCGGUCCGGCUCUAGGUGUCUAUCCGGUUGUUGUUGGCGGUGCUGGAAGCAGCGUUGCCGCGCUGGCGAGUGUCAACAGUACCGGCGGCACCAUCGGGGGUGGUGGAGGUGGGGGUGGUGGUGGCGGUGGCGGCGGCGGUGGUGGGAUUGCCGGGGCCGCUACCAUCAGCUGUAGCAACAACCAUGCGACCGGUACGACCACGGCCACCAUCAGCAACAGCGUCAAGCAUGUUGCACCGAUGCAUCGCCUAAAACACACGAACUCGAUUACAACCAACAUCUACCCAGAGCUUUAUGAUAAGGGAAAUCGAUUAUCGCACUCGAGUGAUACCAGCCAGGCUGAUACCAUGACAUCGGUGACAAGCUCUUCUCUGGACUCGGACGAGGUCGAUCUGUCCGGGUUGGUGGAGUCCGUGGUUGACUCGGACGAGGAAGAUAUUGCUGAAAGUAUCGAUAGUUUAAGCGUACGUGACACGGUACGAGAAUGCCUGGAAAAGGAUCCGAGCGAUCGUACGGUGGACGAUAUCGAGGUGCUGCUCGAGUUUACGCAAAAGUUGAAAGCAUUCACAAACAUGACGUUCGCGGUCCGGCGAUCUCUCUGCUCGGUGAUGGUAUUCGCGGUGGUCGAAAAGGCCGGCACGGUCGUCAUGAACGAUGGCGAAGAGCUGGACUCGUGGAGUGUGCUCAUCAAUGGGCACGUGGAGAUCGAACAUAGCACCGGGGAGGUGGAGUAUCUGCACUACGGUGACAGUUUCGGCAUUAUGCCAACGAUGGACAAGCUGUACCAUCGGGGCGUGAUGCGGACCAAGUGCGAUGAUUGCCAGUUCGUGUGCAUUACACAGACGGACUACUAUCGAAUACAGCACCAGGGCGAAGACAACAUACGGAAGAUCGAAGAGGACGGGCACGUGGUCAUGGUAACCGAGCUGCGCAACAGCACCGGAGAGAAUGGCACCCGCAAAGGCUACGUGGUUAUCCGUGGAACGGUGGAACGGUUGAUGCACCAGCUGGUGGAGGACACAACCCAGACCGAUCCGAACUAUGUGGAAGAUUUCCUCCUCACAUUCCGCACGUUUAUCAACAAUCCGAUCGAUAUUUCCAAGCAGCUGCUCAAGUGGUUCAACGUGGAAACCACGAACAUCGAGGAUGGCAGUGGUGGUACCGGAUCUACCGAUCACGUGGACAGCAGUACGGCUGUCUCGAUGGGUCAUCACAUUUCGUUGGGGUCGAGCGACAGCGUGCUUUGCGAUCGAGUAACGCGAGUGGUGCUGCUCUGGGUGAACAACCAUUUCACGGACUUUGACACCGACCCGCAGAUGAUGGAGUUUUUGGAAAUCUUCGAAUCGGCCCUGGAAAAGAAGAACAUGCUCGAGCAGCUGCGACUGCUGCAUGUGUACGCCCAACAUAAUGCUCGCGAGCGCAACGUAACGCUGGCGCGCAGCUCGCGGGAUGAGGAUUUAAACUUUCAGGUCUCGGGCGGUCCGGGUGGUAUCUUCAUCACACGGGUAGAGCCAAAAACGAAAGCGUACGAUGCGGGGCUCAAACGGGGCGAUCAAAUACUGGAGGUAAAUGGGCAAAGCUUCGAACACGUGACGUGCGCCCGCGCACUGGACAUUCUGAUGGGCACGACACAUCUCAGUAUUACGGUCAAGAGCAACCUAUGGGCGUUCAAGGGUAUGCUGUCGAGCGCGGAAGGUGGUGGCGGUGACUCGAGUAAGCUGAAGCUUGGUGACCUGAAGAAGGGACUGCGAGCGGAUCUGCUGCAGUCGCAAAAGUCGCUCGAUCUGGUCGACAAGGCUGGGUUGCCGCAGUUCCUCAUGCCGCUACCGGUGCGUGACAUCGAGUACGGGCGGAAGGACUCUGGUGGGGCGUCGACACCGUCAUCCUCCUCCUCGUCGCAGAUGAACAACAACAAGGGUGGCAGCUUCAUGACGCUGGGCGGCAAAAAGCGCAUCCAGAAGGCACUGAUCAAGAUGAACCUACUGCCAAAGAAUACCCAGGUCUUCCAGGAUGAUAAUAUCAAUAACAAUAAUAAUAACAAUAACAGUAGCAGUACUAAUAGCAGCAACAAUAGCAACAGCAGUGCCGGUGGGAACAAUGGCAACAGCAACAAUGGUAGUAAUUAUGACGGAAGCGAUCGUUCGUCGGGCAUCAGCGUGAACUUUUCCUCCCAGGCGUCGUCGAUAUCGACCUCCUCGAUCACGACGGCCGAUUCGGACGAAACACCGCCGACCUCGACCGCCGCCUACCAGAGCAAUCCCGAUCUGCGGGAGAAUCCCUCCACCCCGGCCAAAGCGCAAUCGACGGAGGCGAUCAUCCCCAAGCACGGGGGCGGCGGCACGCUGUACUACGAGGAGCUGCGGGCGAGCGACUUUCCCGAGCACAUCCUUAAGGUGUACAAGUCGGAUCAAACGUGCAAGUAUCUGCUGGUGCACAAGGAAACGACGGCGCAUGAGGUGGUCAUGCUGGCGCUGCAAGAAUUCGGCAUACACGACCCGAGUUCGAACUUUUCCCUGUGCGAGGUGAGCGUCGGCGAGGGUGGUAUGAUCAAGCAGCGCCGGUUGCCCGAUCAGCUGCAGAACCUGGCCGAGCGGAUCGGGCUGAGCUCGCGUUACUACCUGAAAACGAACGGCAUCACCGAGACGCUCGUGCCAGACGACGUGGCGCCUGAGUUGAUUCGCGAAAGUGCGGUACACUUUUUGCAGCUGAACGCGAACGAGCUGGCGAUUCAGCUGACCCUGCAGGACUUUGCCAUCUUUCGGCAGAUCGAGUCGACCGAGUACAUCGAUGAUCUGUUCAAUCUGAAGAGCCGGUAUGGGAAGCCAAUGCUGGUGCGGUUCGCGGAGCUGGUCAACAGGGAGAUGUUCUGGGUGGUGACGGAGGUGUGCAGCGAGCAUAACAUGAUGCGCCGGUGCAAGAUCAUCAAGCAGUUCAUCAAGAUCGCACGCCACUGCAAGGAGUGCAAGAAUUUCAACAGUCUGUUUGCGAUCAUCAGCGGGUUGGGUCAUGCGGCCGUUAGUCGGCUGCGGCAAACGUGGGAGAAGCUGCCGUCAAAGUACCAGAAACUGUUUAACGACCUGCAGGACCUGAUGGACCCGUCGCGCAACAUGUCAAAGUACCGGCAGCUCAUCCAGACGGAGCUAAACGCCCAGCAGCCCGUCAUUCCGUUCUAUCCGGUUGUCAAGAAAGAUCUCACCUUUAUUCAUCUCGGUAACGAUACGAAGAUCGAGAAUCUUAUCAACUUCGAGAAGCUGCGCAUGGUGUCGAAGGAAAUUCGGACGCUGCUGCACAUGUGCAACUCACCGUACGACAUUCUGACGAUGCUCGAGUACAAAUGUCAGCCACCCAGUUCGGCCAUGCUCGCCCUGAACCAGAUGUCGGUACCGUCGGGCAGCGGGAAUCUGAUGCUUGCUCCACCAUCCGCACCACCACCGGCCUCGGCUGCGGCCGCCUUCGUCCACAGCCAGACGGUAAAGCGGAGGAAAAAAUCAACGGCCGCACCGAAUCCGAAGAAGAUGUUCGAGGAGGCGCAGAUGGUGCGGCGUGUGAAGGCGUACCUGAACAACAUGAAGGUCACGACGGACGAGGACGAACUGCAUCGAUUGUCGCUGGAGUGUGAGGCGCAGGGUGGUACGACCCCGAACACGGUGCAGGUGCGCAAACGGUAUCCCUCACCGACGCUCUCCACCACCUCGAGCACGAGUUCGACGAGCGAGGGCAAAAAGGGUGCCCUAGGGUUGGGCAUGAGCAGUCUGUCGAUCGGUAGUGCGAGCAGUGGGAACAGUGGAGCACCGAAGUUUGGUGCCGCCUCGCCACAGGCCGUCAAAAAGCUGCUAUCACUGUCGGAGCAAACGAAAACAAGGCCCCAUCAACCGAGACAUCCAUCGGUAGGUUCGGUAUUGCCACCGCCGUUGAACACGAUCCACCAGCACCACCAUCAUCACCAUCAUGGCGGGCUACCUGGUGGGCAUCACGGCAGUACCCUCUCUCAUUUCCACCACGGACACGCCCCGACGGCCUAUUUGCAUCACGGCACUGGUCUAACGAUAAGUCCUGCGCAAUCGCCGGCACACUGUUGCGCCGGUGCUGGUGCUAGCUCGGCGGUAGGAGGUGCCGCUGGUGGAGGUGGUGGAGGUACUGUGGCUGGGGUAGGUGUAAUGGGACCACCGCAGUAUCCGCCGCCGCAGGGUCACGGAGGUGGCGGAGGAGGAUUUACAAUGUCCUCGGCGGCCGGCGGAGGUGGUGGAGCUGGUGUCCAUUUACCGAACAUGCUGUCGAAUCCACCGAACUACAGCACCACCAUGUCGAUGUACCCGAACGGGCGGCCUGUCAUGGCUAGCCGGAUACUGGAGAGCUCCGUCGAUGCACCUAGUCAAAUUCCACCCCCAAUGGAACUGCCCCCGGAGAGUAGCUCGUUCAGAAGUCCCCCCAACUACGCUCAAACAGCCCAUCGAAGGAUAGCGAGCAAUAAUACCACAAUCCCGCCACCCUACCCAACGCCGCACCAAAAUUUUGGUGCCUCCUCGAGGAUCAUCGCCGCCGUCGGGAUUUCCCCGAUUGCACCGAACUACGUGGCACCGGCCGUCAACGCCAUGUCGCCCAUGUACAGUGGCAACGCCGGUGCGACCGGCGGUGGGGCAUCGAUUGCGUCGAGUUUACCUCCGGCAAUCCCGGCUCGACUACACGAAACGGUCGGUGUAGGUGGGGCGGGCGGUGUGCUCGAUUCGGUCCCACCACCGUUACCGCCGCCAAGUUUGGACCUGUCCGCCGAGAGCAGUUCCGUGACGGUGCUUAGCAGUGCCGCUUCCGUGCGUUCACCUCCCUACGGACCGUAUUCCUCUCAGCCGUUCCACAAUCAUAUCUCGCGAACGCGUGGUCCUCGAUUUUAACGGGGACCCCCGGAAGCAACCAGGACAAACAAGCAAUGUGCGCAAUGAGCAAGAAAUAUGCCCCACACCGGAAUUGGAUAGCAAAAGAUCUAUCCGUGUAGUCCGUAGGCAUUCGAUUUUACUAAACGCUGUACAUUCACCAACUGGCAACUGACUGUAAUUCAUCGUUCAAACAUUCACCAACAAUAUACGCUGUACCCUUACCGUAAGCUGUAACCAGAGACUGAAGGCAGGAAAGCAAAUCACAGCGACAAUGAAACGCGUCCUUCUCUGUUUUGCCUGCGAAUCGAAAAAAAACCCCGAUGCUUCUCAGUAAACGACAUAAUCUCACGCAACUGAAACAAAUCAAUCAAAGGACAACGGAAUUCAUCUCUAUCGUCUGUAAAUGGAGGAUGCUAGAAUUUAAAUCCCUAAAAAAAAAACCAUCGGAAAUGGAAUGCAGUAAGGUUCCUGAUUGGGGCAAUCAAACAUGACGAAAUAAAGAUGGGAUUGUAGUAAUCAAGGGCGGAAGAGGAAUUCAACCGAAGAUAACGUAAAGGUUUGCUUAGUGAAGUGAAUUGAAAAUCACUACAGUCGUAUCGAAUUAGUUUGAUACGUGUUAGAAAUGUUUUGUCUUGUUGAAUUAACUAAAGUUUGCUCUUUACCUUUCGUUGCAUACCUUUUAUGGGUUAAGAAAUUUAAAAUUUCACCUGUUUUGCAAUAGAAGUUUCAAAUGGUAAAAAACAUGACAUCCGCAACGAUCGCGAAAAGCGAAGUGAAUUCAAAUGAUUCGAAAAAUGUUGACGCAAACUUUACGAAAAAGACAGAUUCUGUACAACAUUCACUGUUCACUGUUCCUAUUACUACUUACCGAGGACGAUUCCUUUGCUGCGUAAUUAUCGAAACAUCGAUUGCAAAAGUUGGGAAUGAAUAACUAUGAUCAUUGGAUCAUCGUUAGCUAGUAAUGUCGCUUUUUUUAUCAUCCUCUUCUUAAGCAUUCUAUGGUCCGAUGGUUUUUCCAAUUGAAUCUAUAUUCAAUCGAAUAAGCAAGUAAUAUGCACUUGAUAAUUAGCCGUUAUUCUGACUCGAGGAUUUCCGUAGCGUUUUAGGGCGGAUGGUAGUUUAAAUAUUGCCGUUCGUGUAUGUAACAAUUGUUGUUGUUGUAAAGAUAGUUUCUUAGCUCGAGUCGAAUCCCAAUGAAGGAAUCUUCUGUUUUCCAAUGGGAAUCGUAAUGUACAUAGUGAUGAAACAGAAAUUAAACAAAGAACAAACUACUUAUAUCUCAAAGUAUCAAGACAAAAGCAGUUCCACUAGUUUCCACUACUUAGUGCAUCUUGUGCUGCGGUCAAUCGGUAAAAUUAAGUGCCCGAGCGCGUGCUGUUUGUAUGUCGGUACACGUACCAAUUCAGUGUAGGUACAAUAUAUUAUAUUUUUCUUAUCUCUCUAACAAUACCAACUCCUGCACCUGACUACGCGUGUUUAACGGUUUUACGUGAUAAAUGUGAUACAUACCUAACUCUAUUCCAAGACAAUGAGCUGACACGAUGAUCGUGGUACAAGAAAAGUGCAGCAUUACUUCAAAAACGGGACGUGGUGGACGGAAAACACACGCGUACCUCAAACAAUUCCCCUUCACGCGUGUGAAGGACACACCCUUAACGCUAGUGUGCGUGUCUGUGUGUACGCAAUAUAAUGAAGGUUGAAGAAAAGAAAAGACACCCAAUAAUGACUCAAAUUCGCAAGAUUCCACAAUGAAUACUCUCUCCUCAGACGGUGGUGAUCGAGUACAGAUCCCCACAGCUUCAUCGUAUUCCAGCCCAGCACUCAUCAUGACAGUAUAGUAAUAGAUUGCGGCGGCCCCCAUAAGCGUUAAUCAUACAUGCAUGUACACGAAAGUUAAAAAAACUUGACAAGUUCCAGACUGUUGGAUGCAAAUAGGCGAGAGUAAGUUUAGAAAGUGUCACCGGUAAGUAACACAAACACAAGGGGGUCCUAACAGAGAGGAAAAAAUUAAGAAGCCGUUACGCGAUACCGAGAUAAGAAAUAGUGACAAAAAUUAAAAAUCGAUCACAAAAGUCGAUGCGUUUGUGUACAGAAAGUAGCAGCAAUAGAAUGGAACCGACAAGUGUUAACGAUUUUAUUAUUUGAGAAAUAGAAUAUCUGAAUGUGAA